UAUAGCCUCGUGUUCCGUUGUCAGCGCCAGAUUGAGUCCGGUUGUCGGUGUCGAGAGUUUUCUUUUAAUAAGACGAAAUGUCGGCGACAAGUGCUGUAAACGGCAAUCUCUACGAGCAGCUGCAUCAAGGACGUACUAAUAUGUACAAGUCCAAGGUGGAUGUUGUCCUGGGUGCCCAAUGGGGCGAUGAAGGCAAGGGCAAAGUUGUGGACAUGCUGGCCUCUGAGGUGGACAUUGUCUGCAGGUGUCAGGGCGGCAAUAACGCUGGACACACGGUGGUCGCCAAUGGCACCGAAUUCGAUUUCCAUCUUUUGCCCAGCGGCGUAGUUAAUGAGAAAUGCAUUUCGGUCAUCGGCAAUGGCGUUGUCAUACAUUUGCCUUCGCUGUUCGAUGAGGUGCUCAAGAACGAGGCCAAGGGACUGCAGCAGCUGGAACAUCGUUUGAUCAUCUCGGAUCGUGCGCAUCUGGUGUUUGACUUCCAUCAGCUGGUGGAUGGCAUGCAGGAGGCGGAAAAGGGCGGCAAGUCCUUGGGCACCACCAAGAAGGGCAUUGGUCCGGCCUACUCCAGCAAGGCCACACGUAACGGCAUUCGCGUGGGCGAGCUGCUUGGCGACUUUAACAUUUUUAAAGAGAAAUUUACAUCGAUUGUGAACACCCAUUUGCGUUUGUUCCCAAAUAUCAAGGUUGAUGUUGAUGCAGAGCUGGCACGCUAUAAGGAUUAUGUGGAGAAGCUGCGUCCUUACGUCAAGGAUACCAUUUGCUUUUUGCAUACGGCGUUGCGCAAUGGCAAAACCAUUCUGGUGGAGGGAGCGAAUGCAGCUAUGCUGGAUAUUGACUUUGGCACAUAUCCAUAUGUGACGAGCAGCAAUUGCAGCAUUGGUGGCGUGCUGACUGGUCUGGGCUUGCCGCCACAGACAAUUGGCGAGGUGAUUGGCGUGGUCAAGGCGUACACGACGCGCGUGGGCGAUGGUCCAUUCCCCACGGAGCAGUUGAACGAAGUUGGUGAGCUGCUGCAGACGCGCGGCUUUGAGAUCGGCGUCACCACCAAGCGCAAGCGCCGUUGUGGCUGGCUGGAUCUUUCUCUGCUGAAGUAUACUUCGCUGGUCAAUGGCUACACUUGCAUUUGCUUAACAAAGCUGGAUAUUUUGGAUACCUUCCCUGAGAUCAAAGUGGGUAUUGGCUACAAGCGUAGCAAUGGCGAGAAGCUGGAUCAUUUCCCUGGCACAAUUAGCGAGCUAGCUGACAUUGAGGUCGAGUACGCAGUACUGCCCGGCUGGCAAACGUCCACCGAGCACAUACGCUGCUUUAAGGAGUUGCCCGAGAAUGCACAAAGCUACGUCCGCUUUAUGGAGAGCCAUUUGAGCGUACCUGUGCGCUGGGUUGGCGUUGGCAAGGGACGCGAGUCUAUUAUUAAUGUACAUUAGCCUAGCCAUACACACAAAAACAAACAAACUCGAUGUGAGACAGCACGCUGUAAUUGAGCUAAUCUAGUAGUCCUGGAUGUGGCGCGUUUAAACUAUCUAACCAUAAAGUAAUAUUCCGACUUAUGUAAUCUACACAACAAAUUUGGACACAAACUUUUAGCAUAUUGCUUAUUUAGGUUUUAUUUAAUAGUAUGAUUGUCAUCAUUUUAUAAUUUUCAACAUAAACUGCACUCUCAUAUAUUAUGAUUUUGUUGAGGCGUACUUAGUUUUUAAGAACCGUCAAGUGCAGUUGAAAAACUUUUGUAUGCUUGAUAAAAAAAAAUUGUUCAUGUACAAUAACUAAUUAACGCUAUUUUAAUACGUAUUUAAAUACAAUAUUGUGCUUACACUUGUAUAAUUUCAAAUUGAAUCAAUUUAUCAGUUAUUGGCUGUCCAGUCGCCUUGGCGAAGAAAAUCUUAAAUAAAAAUAUAACGUUUAA